CCCCACCCCUGGAGCCGGCGCAGGGCGCAGCUUCCCGCCGCCAGAGCCGGCCAGCCUGCUGCGUGCGUGCGUGUGUGCGUGCGUCGCUGCGUGCGUGCGUGCCGUCAGCUCGCCGGGCACCGCGGCCUCGCCCUCGCCCUCCGCCCCUGCGCCUGCACCGCGUAAACCGCCCCCCCCCCCGCGCACCCCGUCGACGACCCCCGCCCGUGCCCUGACCAGCCCCCCCACCUUUGUGUACAAUUUAAAGGGGGCGCAGCAUUAACGCUUCCCGCCCAGGUGACCUCUCGGGGUCUCCCCGCCAAAGGUGCCCCGCCGCUGAGGAAUAUGGCGAAGGUGGAGCAGGUCCUGAGUCUCGAGCCGCAGCACGAGCUCAAGUUCCGAGGUCCCUUCACCGAUGUUGUCACCACCAACCUAAAGCUUGGAAACCCGACAGACCGAAAUGUGUGUUUUAAAGUGAAGACCACAGCACCACGUAGGUACUGUGUGAGGCCCAACAGCGGGAUCAUCGAUGCAGGGGCCUCAAUUAACGUAUCUGUGAUGUUACAGCCUUUCGAUUAUGAUCCCAAUGAGAAAAGUAAACACAAGUUUAUGGUUCAGUCUAUGUUUGCUCCAACUGACACUUCUGAUAUGGAGGCAGUAUGGAAGGAGGCAAAACCGGAAGACCUUAUGGAUUCAAAACUUAGAUGCGUGUUUGAAUUGCCAGCAGAGAAUGAUAAACCGCAUGAGGUAGAAAUAAAUAAAAUUAUAUCCACAACUACAUCAAAGACAGAAACACCAACUGUGUCUAAGUCUCUGAGUUCUUCUCUGGAUGACACUGAAGUUAAGAAGGUGAUGGAAGAAUGUAAGAGGCUGCAAGGUGAAGUUCAAAGGCUACGGGAGGAGAACAAGCAAUUCAAGGAGGAAGAUGGCCUUCGGAUGAGGAAGAUGGCGCAGAGCAACAGCCCCAUUUCGGCAUUAGCUGCAGCUGGGAAGGAAGAGGGCCUCAGCACCCGGCUACUCGCUCUGGUGGUUUUGUUCUUUAUCGUUGGCGUGAUUAUUGGGAAGAUUGCCUUGUAGAGGCAGCAUGCAAAGGAUGGUAAAUCAGAUUGACGGAUCCACCAUAUCAUGGGAUUUAAAUUUAUCAUAACCAUGUGUAAAAAGAAAUUAAUGUAUGAUGACAUCUCACAGGUCUUGCCUUUAAAUUCCCCUCCCUGCACACACACACACAAGUACACACACGCAAAUAUAAUAUAACAAUCUUUUAGAACGUUAAUAAUGUAUAGUAAAUGAAUGGAGAAAAGAAUGAUCUUUAUUAAUGAUGAGGGAAACCAUGAUUGAUGCCACAAUGGCAUAUUGUAAAUGUCAUUUUAAACAUGGGUAGGCCUUGGUACAUGUUGCUGGAUUACCUCUCUCAAAACAGGACACUCUUCCUCGCCUGUUGGUGCUGGCCUGUGGGCACUGAGCCCAGUGUGGCAGGGAGCACAGUCAGCUCCCCGCAGCAGUCCCUGCCUGCCCACUCCCAGCCCAGGCUGCUCCCAUGUCUUCAGUUUGUCCGAGCCAUCAGCUCCUUGAGGCUCAUGAACAGAGUCAGAAGUUGAAAAGAACUGCACGGUGGCAGCAUCAGAUGUGCUCAUCAUGAAUGAAAGACAUGUGUUGACUGAUUGGCCCAGCACUUUGGAAAGACGUCAAUGCCUUGUUCUCUUAAAGGGACCAAACUGAAUUCCUGUUGGUUCAUGUAGUGAAGUUGGACUGUUAUUCAGAGAUGUUUAAUGCAUAUUUAACUUAUUUAAUGUAUUUCAUCUCCUGUUUUCUUAUUGUCACAAGAGUACAGUUAAUGCUGUGUGCUGCCUGAUGCCAGAGGGCGUGGGUUCCUCUGUCUCUGGAGGUUCUGGGCAUGUGGAGGUGGGGUUGACUGGGAUGUUGGAGAAGAGCUGCCAGGAAGUGUUUUUUUUAUGUCACUAAAUAACAGCUGUCAUAGGGAGGGAAACUCUUAGUAGUGGCAGUCAACUCUAGGUUACCCUUUUUAAUGCAGAAGAGUAGUCAGUCAUCUAGAUUGUUCUUUUCACCACCUCUCAACCACCUUCAUACUUGUAGCACACAGGCCCAAGUUUGAUCCUGACCCCUUGGGGACCUGGCUUGGAGUCAGUAUGAAUGAAUUAGGCUGCAGAAGGUUAGGAGAGAGGGCACCAGCAGCUGGGGUGGGGAGUGGGUGGUAGGAGAGACUCUUCAACUAGUCCAUCUAUCUAGUAGUCAUUGAGAGUUUGACUGUGGAUUUAUUUUACACCAUAAAAGACCAAUCCAAUUCUGUUCGACUAUGUAGCAUCUUGAAAAGAAAAAAAAAUUAAAUAAAGCCCCAAAAUUAAGCAUU